GUGAGAAAAUCGAGACAUCAGGAAGAGAAACUACGGAGUAAAAGCAGACACUAUGAAGGAGACUCUUUGAAGAAAAAGAGGACAUUAUGAAGAGAAUCUACGGUCCACCUGGUCUGGUUCUGCCUCCUUGCACUGUGCAACACUGAAAACGAGCAUCCUGCUCACAGGUGUGAAGUGGAGCUUUUCCAUAACUUCGCUCUUCUCCCCAUCAUCUCGGUGCUCUAAGUGACUCUGAGGGCAGAAACAGGCCUCCAAACACACUCACACACACUCACACGCACAAACCCACGAGCUGCCAUCGUCACCUUGAGGCCGUCACUAUCUGGACAGCAGUAAAGUGAACCUCUUCCCGUCCCCCGGUUCUGAUGGCAGACGGUCGGCAGCCUGAGGACAGCGCCUCGCAGUGGGCAUUGCCAGGAACCCAGGACUCCUCCAGUCCUGUGGGAGAGAACGGUUUCUCCUACAGGACGUGCCAGCCUGGUGCUGCGCACGCCGCCGCUGCUGCCUCCUAUGCCAAAGAGAACGGCUUCAACGGUGACCUGCCCUCGGGCCAUGAUGUAACUGCAGAGCAAGUGUCCGCGCGCAUUGUGCAGGAGGUGACGGCCGAGGCAGUGGCGGUUCUGAAGGGAGAGCAGGAGCUCCAUCCAGGCACAGCCGUCCGACUCUCCUCAGUGGAAGACUCGACCAAUUUGCCACCUUCUCCACCUCCGUCUCCUGCCGCUGAGCACUUUGGCCCUCUGGAGCAAGAUGUAGGGGAUGAGGAGGAGGCUGGGCCUCUCUGCCGCUUCCAAAAUUCUCGGGAGAGGUGCAAGUUCCUCGCCCCCUCCAUCUCAGUUUCAGUGCCCGAGGAUGAACCCUACUACUCUGACGAGGAGUACUAUGACCACCCCUUAUUCAGCCCUGAGUGGACACUCUCGGGCUCGUGCCCUUCAGGGCAGGCCGCUGCCUUUAGCCAGAUUGAAGAAGAGACCAUAGAGGCUCUUUCUGCAGCGGAGGAAGAUGAGAACAUUGCAGCAGCAGCAGCUUUAGAGGAGCAGGAGGAAGAGGAGGAGCAGUGGAGUGGGGAAGAGCCUGAGCAAGAACCCAUAUCCAUGCUCUUAGAGCAGGCAGAGGUGAUAGUCGGGGCCCAGACUUUGCCCUAUCUGCAGGCAGAGGACCAAGCAAUUAAUGCUGGCCCUGGAGCUCGUAAUGGGAGCACUGAGGAGGCAGAAAGGGGCGAGUGCCCUGGAAAAGCUGUGAAGAUGGAUGCAGAAAAGCCAUGUGGAGAGAGGGCUGCGCCGGUCAGCAUGGACUUCACUCAGUCAGAGGUGCUACACCCAGAGGAUCUCACCUCUUACCAAAGUGUUGUCCCUGAUACAUCAUUACCCAGCCUAAGUGACACAGAUCCGUUUGCUGAUUCACCAAAUGGUCAAAGCAAUGCCAAAGAGCCCACAGCGAAUCCUGAUCAAAAGGAAGACUCACCAGUCAAUACUGAGAAGCAAGCUUCUACAGAUGCAGUUUCUUUAGACUCAAGUAUGUCUCAAACACAUGUGAUUCAAUUACUAGAAGUGGAAUCUACAUCUACUGGAGACAAGCAGCUAGAUGUUAUAGUAAGUGCCAAAAGUCUAGAAGUGCCUGGAACAGAGUCUGCUAGCUCAGAUAAACAAGAAGGAACUACGGACAAGUCUGGAAUGUCUGCUUAUUUUGAAACAACAACACUGAAAUCAGAUGAGACGAUGGGACAAGGUGAAGAUUAUUAUGAGCUUAGUACUGCAUCAGAUGAGACUAAGUCUGCCAUUUCCUCAGUUCCAGAAAUUAGCUACAGUACCCUAGUUCAAUCUCAGUCUAUAGGUGAAAUUCCUGAAAGUCAAAAGGGUACUGAAGAGCAACAAAAGGUCCUCCCAUCAUCUGAAAAAAGGGAUGAUUGCAAGCUCUCUCCUGGAAAGUUAGCCUUGGAGCAAAGAAGUUACUCCCUGAAUAUCACCAUCGGAGCUAUGGAUCAGAGUGGAGGACAAGGGCGUCCCAAAAACUUCUCACCGUUAGCGACUGACAUCAUGUCUUAUACCAGUGGAAGCCUUGAUGAAUCUACUGACUGCAUUCCUGUCUCUCCAUCAGUGGAGAAACUCCCCUCUUUCCCACCACUAAUCCUGGAGACAUCAGCCUCUGUCACCACUCCAUCAGCUUCUCCACCUCAUGACACAGUAGCUGAUAUCAAGACCACAAGUCCACAGCCUGAAUCCCCAGGUUCUCCCUUACCUAAUAAGUUCAGCUAUAAAAAUGGUGCUGUGAUGGCACAAGAUCUACCUGAAAUGCUGGACUUGGCAGGCGCUCGUACAAGAUUAAUGUCUGAUAACACUGAUCCUGAGAUUAUAAGAAGGAAGUCAGUCCCUGCUGACAUGCCUGCCCUAGUGAGUGACUCCUUAGCCCAUUUGUUUCAGGGUCAGCGAGUUACAAAAAGUGAGACUCAAUUGGAGGAACACGGAUACUGUGUUUUUAGUGAGUACUCUGGUCCCAUGCCAUCUCCAGCAGAUGUUCACAGUCCAUUGGAUUCUCCACCAACACAAAUCUUCAACAGAAUGAUUUCAGAGGAGAAAGAUGAAAUUCCAAAUACAAGUGGACAGGAAAGCCCAUCAUCUAAAGUUCUAAAAGAAGACAUUUCCCCAGACACAGAGGAGGACAAGGAUACAAGAGAAAAAGUGUGCAAAAAUAAUGACGCUGGGGCAGAGCAGCCAAGCAGUCAAGUUAAAACGUUUGCCACUCCAACUGUUACUGUUACUUUGGAAGGAGUGAAAACAGAUCUUGAUGAAGAGGCCAAACUUGCAGCUGAACAGGAGGCAGAAAUAGCUGAUUAUGAGAGGCAAAUUCGCAAGCUGGAAAUGGAAGACAGACCUUUAAGUGUUGAAGAGGAGAGGGAGCUCCAGGAGCUACGUGAAAAGGUGAAGAAUAAGCCAGAUUUAGUUCACCAAGAAGCCUAUGAGGAGGUAGAUGCUGAGGAUGUGUACCAGCUUACUGGAGUUGCCAAGGACAGGAUUGCUAGACCAAUUAGACCAUCACCAACAUCAUCAGUGGAGAGUGGAACAGAAGAAGAUAAAGUACCCGUUGACACAGAGAAACCUAAACCGGCACAAGAUGGCCGGAAAGAAGAGCCUGCAAAAUUGUCUCCUGCCGAAUCUGUUGAGAAACCCAGGAAAGAUCAUAACCUCCUAGAAUCUGACAAGGAGAAUGAGACUAUUAAAGAAAAAUCACAACUGGAAAUUGCAAUGGCAGAGCAGGCUCCUGUUUCCACUUCAGUGUCACAAAGUGCAGACGAAGAAAUAGAAGUAGCUGAGGAACCUAUGGAGUACAUGCAAGCAGAAAAAGCAGAUUUAGAUUUGCCAAAUGUGCCUGAGAUACUGGAGAAGGUUGAACCACAGAAGACUGAGCAAGAUCGGUCUGAAGUAAAACAAAUUGAAACAGAGCUUGUUGAGAAAGAUGAAGAGUCAAAAGUUGUUGAGAAACACGAGGAGCCUAAAGCUGUUGAGAAAGAUGAAGAGUCCAAAGUUGCUGAGAAACACGAGGAGCCUAAAGCUGUUGAGAAAGAUGAAGAGUCCAAAGUUGUUGAGAAACACGAGGAGCCUAAAGCUGUUGAGAAAGAUGAAGAGUCCAAAGUUGUUGAGAAAGAUAAAGAGGACAAAGGUUUUGAGAAAGAUGAAGAGCACAAUAUUGUUGAGAAAUAUGAGGAGCCACAAAAUGUUCAAAAAGAACAAGAAUUCAAAAUUCUUGCGAAAGAUGAAGGGCCCACAGUUGCUGAGAAACAUGAAGAGCCUAAAGUUGCGAAGGACGAAGAGCCUAAAGUUGCGAAGGACGAAGAGCCUAAAGUUGCUGGGAAGGACGAAGAGCCAAAAGUUGUUGAGAAAGAUAAAGAGCCGUCAUUUGUUGAGAAAGAUGAAGCACCCAAAGUUGUUGAGAACGAUGAAGAGACCAGAGUUGUGGAAAAAGACGAAGAGCCUGAAGUUGUUGACAAGCAUGAAGAAACUGGACUUGAUAAGAAAGAUGAAAAGACAGGACUUGUGAAAGAUAAAGUGGAAGAGCAUGAGGAGUUGGAAGGGGCAGGGGCAGCAGUACAAGAAACCAUCGAGCCUCGAGCUGCCAUUGAGUCUGUUGUAACUGUGGAAGACGAUUUUAUUACUGUGGUGCAGACCAUUGAUGAACGAGAAGUACCUGGACACAGCGUACGUUUCUCCACUCCUCCUGAAGAAGAAUCACCACAAAUGCUUCAAGAUGAAGAGGAGGAAGAAGACUCUAUUGAAAUGGCUCAAGAAGCAGAAAUGGAGGCUGCUAGCCUGGAGGAAGUCCAGGAUGCUCCUGAAGCUGUACAGGACCCUGUGUGUCCUCCUAAGGAGGUACCAGAGAGCGAGUGUCCUACUGAGAGCUAUGAUGACUACAAGGAUGAGACCACUAUUGAUGACUCCAUUUUAGACAGCUCCUGGGUAGACACUCAAGAUGAUGAUAAGAGCAUGGCCACAGAGAAAAUUGAGCCUCUUCCAAGAAUAUUAAGCCCUGCCAAGAAGCCCUCUACUGAGAAGCCAGUCAAACAGAAGCCUAAAUCAGGCAGAGCCAAAGGCCGAAUUUCCACACCGGAACGCAAACCCAUCUGGAAAGAUCCAGGACCGGUCCAAAAAGGGGAUCUGAAGAAGAAAAAAGCUGUGAUUAAGAAGGUUGAGGUCACAAAAAAAUCAGAAAAUCAGAGCCGCUCUCCCUCCAGGAAGAGUGUUUUAAAGGCCGCCGUAAGGCAUCCUAGAGCUACUCAACAUCACAUCUGUGCUAAGCGGAAACCCACAGUAUCAGCAGACGGACGACUGACUUUCAGCUCGGUGCGUCAUUCCAGAGACAGGGCGUCUACCCCCAGCCCGACAUCACUAACUAAGAUCCCCACCUGUAAAACACGGGCGUCGGCUCUUCCUCAGCCCCGCCCAAACUCCACCUGCUCCUACAAUAAAACAAGCUUACUGGUGGAGGUCGAAGGGCCCCGCCCCUUCUCAGCAGGGCUUCAAGAUUCCAUCUCAAUUAAUAAUUUAGAAAAGGACGGAGGAUCUCGGAGCCCUGAGAAGAGAUCGUCUCUGCCUCGACCAGCCUCCAUUCUGACUCGACGCGCUUACGCAAGCGAAUAUGAGGAGAGCUCCACCUCCAUCACUAGCUCUGGAUCGACUGCACCACGCAGGCCCACAUCUUUCCACACUGAAGUCAAAGCUGAACACAGGACAGGUCGAUCCUCCAGUAUGACAGGCACCGAGUCUGUGCGUUCCCGCUCCGCUCGCUCCGGCACCUCCACUCCCCGUACUCCCGGCUCCACGGCCAUCACUCCCGGCACUCCUCCCAGCACAUCUUGUCGCACCCCAGGCACCCCACGCACCCCGGGCACCCCCAAAUCCCUCAGCCUUCUCUCACAGGAGCAGAAGGUGGCCAUUCUUCGUACGCCUCCGAAGUCUCCUGUCACUGGAUCCAAGCAGCUGCGUGUCCUCAACCAACCCAUGCCUGACCUCAAGAACGUCAGGGCCAAGAUCGGAUCCACAGAUAACAUCAAGUACCAGCCUAAAGGAGGACUGAUUCAAAUUUCAAACAAGAAGCUGGACUUCAGUCAUGUGCAAUCAAAAUGUGGAUCCAAGGAUAACCUGAAGUUUUCACCCCUUGGAGGCAAUGUUCAGAUUCAAUCGAAGAAGCUCGAUCUCAGUCACGUGACCUCCAAGUGCGGCUCUAUGGACAACAUCCACCACAAGCCAGGUGGCGGUAAUGUGCGCAUUGAGAGCGUAAAACUGGACUUUAAGGAUAAAGCCCAUGCUAAAAUUGGCUCUCUGGAUAACGCUCACCACGUACCAGGAGGAGGAAAUGUGAUGAUCGAGAGCCACAAGCUUAUGUUCCGUGAGACAGCGAAGGCUCGCGUGGAUCACGGCGCUGAGAUCGUCACUCAGUCGUCUGGUCUGUCUCCUCACCAGAUGUCGUCAUCCGGCAGCAUCAACCUGCUCGAGUCCCCACAGCUGGCCACGCUCGCUGAGGACGUCACAGCUGCUCUGGCCAAGCAGGGACUCUAAAAUAAAAAUAAUGAAAAAUUAAUUAAUUAAAAAAACCUUUCAACAUCCUCCAUAAUGCCCAGCUACACCAUCAGCUCCGCCCAUUUAUCUAUAAAUAUAUAUAUACACAGCAAUCCCUCUAGUGGUGUCGUAGUAGUGACUAACGACCCUCUGAACGUUUCUGGGACACUGCGUUUCCCCUCCGACGUCAUCUCAUCCACAUCUGUCGCCGGAAACGAGAGCAGCCACCCGGAGCUGGAGCAGACUUUAUCACGGAAAGAGGAGAAAAAAUUCGGUGGGGGAAAAAAAGAAUUGUUGUUGGAUUUUUAUUCCUAUUUUAUGGUAUUUGAAUCAUUUUUAUUCUAGGAUUCCAGUUAAUUAGCUAGAAAGGUACCAGUGCUUUUAUUCUCCCUGUAUGCUGUGUGAUUUUUUUUUUUUUCUCUCUCUCUUUCUCUCAAUUUUUUUUUUCUAUUACGGUGAUGUACAGAUGCUGAUCUCAGAUCAGAGUUAUCAUUAAGGAAAAGAAAGGAGAAUGAUUUUGGGGCAGCUGUUUCCUCCUCGUUCUUUUGCGUAGAGCCAGUGCAUGGAGUCUAAACCCCGCCUCCGGGGGGGGAAAAUUCACCCAACGAACCAACAAAAUGAUAUACAAUGUAUAUUAAAUAUAUGUAUAAUUACACCGAUUAUUUGUCAACAGCAUCUCUCGAUCAGAAAAGAACAACGAUAAUAAUUCCUCGAUAAUAUCUACACAAACACGUUAUUAACGCAAAUAAAAAAGGAAACAACGGUGAUGCGCAUGUGUCAAUUCUACUAAAGAGCUAUUUUCUAUUUCGAAAACAGAUUUCGUAAGUUAUUCGCUGAUUUGUUCGAUAAAAAGUACAUGUUUUUAGCUAUUAGUCACGACAAUGUUAUGCUUGUUUGAUCGUUCGAAAGGACUGCGUUGGCUUUGCCCAGGGGUCAAGGCUUUAUAUCAGACACAGACACACACUCCAUCAGCAGUUAAAGGAAUACUCCGGUGUUUUUCAUCCGAAACUCUAUCCUUUGUAUCUGUGUGAUUACAACAGACAGGAAAUUCAGGAUUUUCUCUGCGGUCAAAAAGAACAGAAUUUUUUUUUACCUCAAACCCACUUAUAGUAGAUGUCUAAGGGCGCUUGUUGCACUGAAGGGUGUUUAAAUAAUCCGACUAUAUGACCUGGAGACUACAGCAGUGCUUGUAACAAUAACGAUAAAGAUGGAUAUGAGAAAAACUUUCUACCGAAUGCGGAAUGAAAUAAAUCCAGUUACGUUUUUUUAAAUAGUUUCUCUGCAUCUUUAACUUAUUAUUAGCGUAACCAGAUAAUUUUUCCUCUGAGAAAGUAAUCCAAAGGAUGAAUCGUACUGUACUGUAUAUAAUUUGUCAUGCAUUAUGUAUAUUUUAGCAAGCCACAAGCCGUUUAUGUGACAGUGAAAAUCUUUUAAACUGAGAUUUUCUCAAUCCAUAAAAAUAAGUUAAUCGAAAAGACCGUACAAAAACGACGUAUUAGUCCGAUCUUAUGGCACGCCUGACAUUUCUUCAGAGUUCCACUUACUUGACUUCCUACAGUAUAAAUCGAAUGUUACUGUUUGAUCUCUUUUCAAACGUGUAUAGAGGAUUAAUGAAGUGAAAUCAGUCUCAGAAAGAGAUCAGGAGUGCCUUAGGUGUGUGUAGUUAACUGGUACAUAAUGUGCUAAUCCUCCAGGGAAGCUAAUACCAAUCCUAGUAUCCUAUAUUAGUUACUAUACAUAACUUAUACUAUAGCUAUGUUCUGUAUAACAUAAACACGACAUGAACAAGCCACGCCCAUAGACAAUAACAGGAAUAUUCGGUACACUCCUAUUACACUUACUAUAGAAGACAAACGAUUAGCAACAAGCACGUUUUGUCACUCCAGGGCUUUAGAUCUACAUUGACACGGAUCAGGAUAAAGCGCAGAAUCAAUCCAGAAAUUAAAAUUUACAUCUUUCUUUAUAAGCACAUACCACUAAAGGAUUCAUAAACGUAUCAGGAGAAAGAAGCAGCUUAAGCCCUUAUACAUCUGUUAUGAGUCAUGCCUAUGAUGAGUCAAAAUUCUUGUAUGCGGUAAUCACAUAUGGUGCAGAUGUGGUAGUUAAAAGUUAGGCUGAAAAAUCAUCUUGAUUCCUUUGAGAGAAAGAUUACUGCCUGAUUUGGUUCAAAAUGUAAUAGUCUGACUCAAAAGCUACAUCACUGUCUCUCCCAGCUUAGUGCAGAUUAUCAGAAAGUAAUGAUCAUGUAUUAUAGUCACUGCUGUCUCUGUACCUCACAGUGCAGUCGUUGCCUCUGGGCAUGUGUUUUGUCCAAGAAAGCUUUUGCUUGUUAUUUUAUUAUCCACUGUAUGGAGCAUAAACUGGGGUCUCUCAGUCACACCCUCUGUACUCUGCCUUGUUCUUCUUAGAUACUUAGGUUUGUUUUACACGUAACCGUAGAAGAUGGAAAUAAAGAGACGAAACAAACAAAAAAAAAGUAAAAAAAUAAUGGAAAAAAAUUUCACCUUGCACAUGUUUGAAGUGCUCCAGUAUCUUUUUUCUGUCGUCAUUUGUGGUAUCCCAUGUUUUUUCCCCCUUUGUUUUUUGGCUUCUGUAUUUGUUCUGCACCCUGUUUGCCCUUCGCUCACUCUUACAGCAACUGUAAAUCUAUUUAAAAGGUCCUGUAGAUGUAUGCAGUUUUUCUCCUGUUGAUAUGACGCUGAUUACAAAAUGCUCUUACCAGCUAUGGAAAUAAAGAAAAAUGGAUGAAAAAUGGACAA